GAAAUGGCAAACUCCCAGUAUGAGGCAAAGCAUUCCCACCGCAGCAAUUGGUCCACAGGAGCUAUAAAUUGGUCUCCUCCAGAAACAGAUCAAAAUUUGUCUUUGGGGAGGUCGGCUGGAAACUCAAGAGGCCAUGGAAAGAAACGGUGCUGCCCCUCCGCAAACUCUAGACCCUACACACCACUUCCACAUAGAGCUGCUGGAUCAGAGACGGAGGCUGCGUGGACAAAUUGCUCACCUUCACAAGGCGGCUCGUAAACUCAACAAGCUCCGCAAAAGGUCCCUGAUUGCCAAUGUCAGCGGGAGCACCCUGACCGCCGCAGGAGCAGUCACGGCCAUCGUGGGGCUGUCCCUGAGCCCGGCAACCCUGGGAGCCUCUCUCCUGGCAUCAGCUGUGGGUCUGGGUCUGGCCACUGCAGGGGGGGCUGUGAGCAUCACCUCUGAUCUCUCCUUAGUGCUCUGCAAUUCCCGGGAGGUGAGGAAGGUGCAGGAAAUUGCAACAACUUGUCGGAAACAGAUGAGGGAAAUCCUCGGCUGCCUGGAGUUCCUCCGCCGGGGGCAGGGCCCAGGGGACCCCACACUGCGCCAGUCGGAGAAGAGGGCCUCCAUCUCGCUGUACAACUCCAUCUGCUUCAUGGUCUUCUGCGGCUCCCACAGCUUCCUCGUGCCAGAAUACACAAAGGAGGUCACAAAAGUGAGCCAGACUGUCCUGAAGGCCAAAAUCCAGAAGCUGGCUGCCAACCUUGAGACCUGCACCAAGGCGAUGGAUGAAGUCUGUGAACUUCUUGAGUCCAGGACAGAAGUUUCCCCACGCACGAGGAGACUCAACGUGAGUGCUAAAACCACUGCUGAGAUCCUGAGACCAUCCAGCUGAAACAAUGUUUGACCCAUACUUAAAACCGGGCUUGGAGACAUUAUACUAUUAAUUGUCACCAUUAGCACUGCUACCUGUUGCUAUUGUAAUAUUGGUAGUGCUAAUCCACACAGGUGCACACACCUCUCAUGUGCCUUGUCUAUAUCUGAACACAAACUCCUUCCUGACAGGAAGCUAAAGCUUCCAGACACACACACCGCCAACUGACAGUAGCCACCUGAUUCAGGUUGGAGGUUGUGACAGACAUGUGGACUGCUGUGUACACAGCAGCAGAUUCCAGAGCCUCAAGGCAGGGGUAGGUGGCUGUUCCUCAGACCCAUGUUUCCCCAGCCCUCUCCCGAGCUCUGCUUCCCCGAGGCAGCAAAAAGAAGCGGGUGAGAAGGCUGAUGGAAUCCCUGCAGUCCUGGUCUUAUGAAUCCUAUCAAGACUUAUGAAUCUAUGGGUAGUAAAAGGGCUGGGGUACCCUCAAAAAGCCAGCAGCUGCCAAUUUCCAGUAGAGUACAGUCCCAUUACCAAGGUACAUCUGGAAAGGCUGUUGAAGGAAGCAGGUCCAGAUAUGUCAGACUGUACAGAUGGCUCAUCAUCCCAGGAUGAAAUAACAGUGCCAGAAAUUGUUAUCCCUUUUGAAGAAACUUCUCCAGGCUGAGAACUGUGAUGUUUGUAUUCUAUUUAUUUACACAGGAUUAUUUUAAGCUUUUGAUACUGUAUUUAAAGAUGUAUAUAUAUUUUUUUUUUCUUUUAAAAAGGAGGCCUCUGCUCCAAAGGAAAGCAGUUGUUCUUGGAGGCAAAGCAAGUCUGUGGCAUGUGGGAGAAAGUUACCCAUUCUUUGGAUGUGAGGGAGGGCAAGUCCCCGUAGGAAAAGGCAAGUAUGGCCUGAAUGCUAGUAGUUUUAAAAUAGGUGAAACACAGUCAACUGGUGACAGAUCUUAGGAACCAAAAGAGGAAGAAGGACAGGUCAGUGACCCUGGGACUGGAGCCUGCCUCAGGGCACUGGUGGAAGAAAGCAGUUAUAUCUCUUGCAGCAGGGAGGGAAGAGUAGGUUGGUGUUACUGGUCUGAGCUGGAGCCCAGCUGUGAUGGGAGCACACCUAAGAGGUGGAAGUGCCGCUGUCUGUGCAGUCAAGCAGCCUGUGAGACCCACAGUGGUUUGCCUAGGAGGGUGGAGGCAGCACUCACAGAGAGCUACACAUACUCCUAGCAAUGCUUCCCGGGGUAAGCUUAACAUUGGCAAUAUAUACAUACUGGUACUAAUAGUCAAGAGGGGUGCAGAGGAGUAGGAUGAUUCAGUGGCAGAGCACUUACAAAACAGGAGGAAGGACUGGGACCCUGUUUCAAGUGACUGUUCUGCUAACCAUGCCCUUUGUGAUUUUUGACCCCUCAGUGCCCCAGUUCUCUGUUUAAAAAUAGGGGAUAGGAGCACUUCCCUACCUCACAAGGAUGUUUCUGGGACAAAUAUUGCAAAGUACUCAAGCAACUGUGAUGAUGGGGAUCAUGUCGGUACCUUGAAGAGGUACAAGGAAGAGACCCCGGAAACUAGCUUGAGACAACUUGAGGAGUUAAUGCAAGGAUAGUUCCACCUCCACAAGUAGGCCUCAGUGGAUAAGGGAAACUUCCCUGCAGAUGCAUGAAUCAAAAUGGUCAGAAAACCCACUCUGUAAUUCUGUAAUGCUGAACAAAAUCUUAGGAAGGGCAAAACAUCUCACAAAGCUUGAAUCCUUGUCCCUUUUGUCUCUUCCUCUCAAUGACAUCAACAUUUGUUUUUACACAUAAGAAGAAAAAAAGCUUUGGUCCCUCAGAGUGUGACUCAGAUGCCUGUAAUGCCCUUGCCUGUUUGCCAGAAACAAACAAGUACACUGUUGGUUCGAUUAAAUGAA